AAUGAUAUGGAGAUUUAUGAGUCGCAAACGACACCGCGCCUCGAACGGCACAUUUGUCCCUCUAAUAACUAGAAUCGAGGCGUGACAGGUCCUGACUGGUUCAAAUACUAUCGGAUCCUCCGUGUGUCCGUCUUUAGCACUGGAAGCAGGAUGCCUGGCGUGUCAGGAGUCGCGGCGAUACUCAUCGCCAAUGUAUUGAUUCCCUUGGCUAUCGCGAUAUUUUCGUCUGGAUUUUUUCCCUACAAGUCAUUGAGCUCGGGCCUCGCAAGAUUCGAAGAUAAGGAGGAUGGCUUUGAGGCCCCUUUUGAUAAGGUUAUCUUCAUGGUGGUUGAUGCUUUGCGAAGUGAUUUCGUGUACUCAAACACAUCAGGAUUUGUAUUGACGCAAAGCCUAAUCCGGUCAGGAGCUGCGCUUCCAUUUACUGCCCAUGCCAGUUCUCCCACUGUCACCAUGCCCCGUCUGAAGGCUAUGACUACAGGGUCUACCCCAUCAUUCCUCGACGUCAUCUUCAAUAUCGCUGAGUCAGAUACUUCAACGACUCUGGCAUUUCAAGACACUUGGCUUGCCCAGCUAAAGGCAAGAGGUGGCCGCCUUGUUAUGUAUGGCGAUGACACUUGGCUCAAACUAUUUCCUGGCAUGUUUGACCGUGCAGAUGGCACGACUAGCUUCUAUGUUUCAGAUUUCACCGAGGUUGAUAAUAAUGUGACUCGACAUGUCUCCAACGAGCUACUCCGGGACGAUUGGUCUGCUUUCAUCUUGCAUUUUCUAGGCCUCGAUCAUAUUGGACAUAAGUCAGGCCCUCAGAGUCCACAUAUGUUUACGAAGCAGCAUGAAAUGGACUCGGUUGUGGGUGAGCUAUAUGCUAAAAUUGAGCGGGAAGAACACCUUCAGUCAACUCUCCUGGUAUUAUGUGGGGAUCAUGGGAUGAAUGAUGCUGGAAAUCAUGGUGGUUCGUCUUCUGGUGAGACGUCACCGGCGCUACUAUUUAUAUCGCCUCUUUUCCGGAAUAUGGGAGGCUCACGCCUCCAGUCUCCAAUUGACAUCCCCGAUGACUUUCAGUGCUAUAAAUCUAUCGACCAAACGGACAUUGUCCCAACUUUGGCGGGGCUCCUCGGCUUGCCCGUUCCGCUAAACAACCUGGGCGUGUUUAUUACGGAUUUUCUGGGCAUGUGGCAAUCAUAUUCCCAGAGGACGAGAAUAUUGCUAGCGAACGCCAAACAGUUGGUGAGGAGAUUGCAGCAAUCUUUUCCUGAUUUCAAGUUUGAGGCCGAUCAAGAUUUGGACAGUUGUACUACGGAGCCUCCAACCAGUAUUCAUGAAGUCCAAUGUGCUUGGUAUAGAGUGAUCGAUCUGAUUCACCAUACCACCAAUGUUGGAGAGGAAUCGAAACUUGAGCCUGCCCUUAAGCAUUUUCUAUUGUCGGCUCAAGGAGUGUUAAUCCGUGCUGCCAGUGAUUACAACUUUCAAUAUCUUAUUCUAGGCAUUGGUGUCAUGACCCUCGUCGUCUUACUGCUUCUCCCAGAUGUUUAUAAAAUAUUGUCAAGGUCGAUACAUUCUGGGUCAUUUUUGGCCGGUCUCAUUAUGUUUCACAGUGGUAUGAUGUUUGCAAGCAGCUAUGUGGAGGAAGAACAUCAAUUCUGGAAUUGGGUCUGCGCUGCCUGGCUAUUCUUUCUUCAUGUGAAAGUCACUUCGCGGGGGCCUUGCGUUCCCUCGGGCCCAGAGUUCAUUGCCAAUGCCCCAAUCUCAAUCCUAACGGUUGCCAAGCAGGGUACGGUGGGACUGUUCGCAACCCAUCGUAUUCUUAGGCGUUGGAACCAAACAGGUCAAAAGUUCGCGGCCGAGCCAGAUAUUGCACGUGACUUCCUCCCCUCCCAUCUAUACAUUUUAUGGGCCUUGGUGACUUUCACAUAUGUGGACUUAUAUGUGCGCCUUUCUAGCAAAUACCGGUCGUACAGACUGUGGCGCCUAAUAUGCAUCAUUGUAACAGCAACAGCUUUCUUUUUCAAACUCGGUUCUGUGGUCUCGGACUCCCCUGAGCUACUCGGGGAUGCUUACAAGGAAAUUUUUAAACGCGUGUUUGACAAAAUAUCCCUUAUCACUCUCUCACGACUAGUCUUCGCACAGCUGAUCCUGCUUUUCCUGUACAUGUUUCAUGCCAGGAAGGAGAGCGAUCGCGGAAAGCCAUCCGUAAAGUCGGGAAUGCCUCGCGGCGUUUUUCACGAACUCCUCACACUCUUCUUAAUGACACAAUCGAGGACCACGAACAUUCCAUUGUUCCUGAUGUUCAAAUUGCAGGCGCAUACUUUCGCUUCAAUGAAUCUGUCUAAUAUCGACUUGACAAUCACUUGUUUGCUGAUGCAAUACAUGACUUUCUUCGCAUUUGGCGGUUCAAAUGCCAUAUCUUCCGUCGAUCUUUCGAAUGCAUACAAUGGCAUUGAUCAUUACAGCAUUAUCCCAGUGGGUCUACUGACUUUUGUUGGCAAUUGGGCUGGACCAAUAUGGUGGGCAUCGGCUACCCGGCACAUCCGCUAUAGACAGACAUGGCAGGGUAAAAAGGCUCAUAUAACUGCUCUCACGUUCCAUAUAGCAACAUCAUUGCUGUGUGUCAUGGUUGCAUGUACGGCAUUGAGGACGCAUCUUUUCAUUUGGACCGUCUUUUCUCCUAAGUAUCUUUACAUGAUAGCAUGGGCUUUGAUGAGCCAUCUUGCUGUGAAUCUAUCCGGGGAGUUUUCAUAAGCAUGCAUGAAACCCCAGUCAAAUCUCCUAAUUAUUCGACGCGCAGAAAGCGGAGUGAAACCCCAGUGUGUUAUUCGCCGAUGGGUGGUGAUUAAGGUUCCUCUUCUUUGUUGUCAUUUGGAAAUAUUCAAGGAACUAAACAGCCUC